CAGGCGGAUGUUAGCCACCCCGGAGGGAAGAAGACUGGGAAAGCGCCUCUAACCGGCACUGAGUAGGGGACUCGGGAGCGCGAGGGUCCGCUGUGGGGGACGCCGGUUGCUUGCCCAUACCUAGAAAGAUGAAUGAUUGGAUUUCAAGCACUGUCUGCCUGUUAUUGUUAUUGAGUAGUGUUUGCGCCCAGAAGAGCCAAGAUCUCCGCUGUGGAGCAUGCCGGGCUCUGGUGGAUGAGCUGGAAUGGGAAAUAUCUCGAGUAGAUCUGAAAAAAACUAUCCAAGUAGGCUCCUUCCGCAUUAAUCCUGAUGGAAGCCAGUCCAUAGUAGAGGUGCCCUAUGCCAGAUCUGAGGCUCACCUGACGGAGUUGCUGGAGAACAUCUGUGAAAACAUGAAUAACUAUGGUGAGAAGGUGGAUCCUUCAACUCACAGGAAGAAUUAUGUCAGAGUGGUCUCCUUUGAUGGGACCAAGAUGGAUCUUUCUGAAACCAAAUAUGAUGGUGAUGUGACAUCAAGCUUGAAGUUUGCAUGCGAGAAAAUAGCUGAAGAGUACGAAGAUGAGCUCAUAGAAUUCUUUUCCCACGAGGCAGAAAAUGUCAAGGACCGGCUGUGCAGCAAACGAACAGAUCUCUGUGACCAUGCCUUACAUCUCCCACAUGAUGAACUGUGAAGUGUAAAGGUUGACUGACCUGGUAGAAGACUUUGCCCAAUUCUUUGUAGACUACAUCCCUUUUUACAAGCACUUGUAAUUAUUGUCCCAGGAGUUGUCUUUCAAUUUGGGGGAAAGUGCAGAACAUCCUAGAAACUGAAGAUUGUGUAUCAGAGGAGAGCAAAAAAAAUCCCAAGACAAGUUUCUUUGUAGAAUUUUCUGAAGCAAACAGAAGAUGAUAGAUCCAACAUUUGACUUUUUUAAGCACACACUAAUUAGAUUGUUUUGUAAAAGGAAAGAGAUUUCUAUUAUUAUCAAAGUCCACUUUGCAGUAGCAUUGACACUGUUAAUGCAUUCUAGUUUUUAAAGUAAAAAAAUGCUUUGUGGCUAUAUGCAAACUCUGACUGCAGAUUAUCUCAAGCAACCAGCAAUACAACUUCCACAUUCACUUCCAAAAUAGAAUUUGAACAGAAGAAUCUUGUGAAUGUUACUCUCACUCUUGAACCCAUAUUAUUCAAGAUCUGGGGCAGGACAGUCAUUUGUAAAACCUUUCUCUGAAUGGGAAAGAUAAAUAGAACCUAUAGAGAUGCCCUCAUUAUAAAGCCAAAGAGGGGACCAUUGUAUAGCACCUCCCCAGUCUUCAACACAGCUAUGGUUGUGAUGGCCAUAUGGAGGCCACAUAACAUUGUUACUGUGCAGGGAUUGCUCCAUACUGUAGAUGGAGUAUUUGUAGAACAUACCCAGUUGGUUAUUACAUGGUUUAAUUUUGUUGUGUGAAGAGCCACCUGACCUCAAAAAGUGGCCUCUAGGAAUGAUUGGCCAUAUUACAGAGAUUCUACACAAAACAUUCAGGUCAGAUAGCAAGCCAGUCUAUAUUGUCUGUAUGUGGAGUGAUCACUACACAACAGUCUUUUUAUUGUCUUUUAAAUUAUUACAUAAAAUGGCUGCUACCUUGCUGUGAGAUGUGAGUGAGAUUCAGGAAUCUGCUGAUUUGGGGCAUCAGACAGUUGGAGAAUGGGGAAGAUGUACUCUUCUACAGGCUUUUUACAUGUUUUAUAACAGUUUCUUUUAACCUAUGUUUUCAUAGAGAGGAUAAAAUACAUUCCAGUGAUGGCAAGAUAAUAAAUUGGAAUUGGGACCUAGUCGAAUUGGCUACUGGUUUUUUUCCUCCAUUUGUAAUUGAAAAGAAUAUUAAAGCAUUAUAGAGCACAUUGACUUUACUGCU